UAUUUGUUAUUAUUCAGCAUUUUUUGUUUAGAUUUUAGGAGGGAGGAACGUUUUUGGGGCUAUAAAGCAAAAUUUUUAUUUUUCAGGCAUGUUUCUUUGAAAAAUUUUUGUGAUUUUUUUGGGGUUUUUCACUGGUUCUAAUGGAUUUUUCCUUAUUUCCCUCUUAUCUUUGAAAAAUUUAAUUUAUUUUUUAAAACAUUAGAAAUAACGAGAAUUUAUUUUUAUUUAAUAUUUUCUUAAGGAUAUUUUACGCUCUUCUCUCGAGUAUUUUUUAAUAAAAACUUUGUGUUCCUAAUAUUUUUUCAAUAUUUUUUAUGUAAAAAAUAUACACGCAAUUUAUUUUUUCACUAGUAAUUUAAACCAAUUUUCUUUCUUUUUUCUCCCCCACACUCUCGUCCUUUUUUUAAUCUUCCUUUUUUCUUUUGUUGCCAAUUUUAUUUUCUUUCAUCAAUCUCCCUCAAAAAAUGUUUUUUCUUGUUAUGUUUGUUUUGUUCGCAUUUUUCGAGGAAAUCGAUUUUUUAAAUUUUUUUAAACAAACUUUUAAGAGUUUAUUUUAAAUUUUUAAAUUUUUUGUGGAAUGGAGACAAAUGAGUGGGGACAUAAGGGAAGAAAACAUAUCGGAAUUAGGGUGACAAAAAUAACUUUUUGCUUAUCCAAGACCAAUGGCCAUAUGUAAAUAGAUCGGUAAACUGGUUGAGUAGUUAUUCGUACAUUGAAAUAUCUCCUCCAUUCCCAUAUAUAUUUGUCUCCUUAAUUUUUUUCAGAUUUCUUCACUUUAAUUAAAUUUCUAAAAAUAUUUUUUUAAUUUUUUUUUCAUUCCUUUAACAACAACAAAAAAUCUUCUAUUUUAAUUUUUAAAAUCUCUUAACAACAACAACAACAAACGGGUAUAUUUAAUAACAUAAAAUGACGUUAAAAGAAAAAGAUCAUUGGAGCUGGAGACAUAAAAUUGGCGUUCCAGAUGUGUUACUUAAAGGAGAUUUGUUUGAUAGAUAUGAUGAGGAAAGCAGCAGCAUAGAUUUUGGAUGUCUUCUUCGAGUAGAUGAAUAUGGUUUUUUUCUUGUUUGGGAGGCUAGAGGAAAAGAAGCUGGGGUGUUGGAUUUGGCACAGCUUUGGGAGGCAAGACCAACUGGUGGAAACAUCAAAGAUUUGCGUAUUGUAGCAGAAUUGGAACAACGUGCAAAAUUAACUCAAAAUGUAGUCAGUUUAGAUCCUUUGGAUUCUAGAAUAGUUUGGUUAACUUAUGGACAGGAUUUGGUUAUAGUCAAUAAUCUCUACUUUGUUGCUGCCACUUCACAAAUUGCAAAGACUUGGCGAGAAUCAAUUAAUGAAUUUUUGAGGACCUAUAAAAUUCGUUUUGCCUGUCCCAUGCAAUGCCUUCAAAAACAUUGGCGCUAUCUUUGUUUAUCAACAAAUGAAAGAGGACGUAUUCCUCUAAGAAACGUAGUUCGUACCUUUGCUAGUGGAAAACCUGAAAAAAUGGUGCAUAAGUGCCUUGCUGAUUUGGGACUUUCUGGCGAUAAGGUGAGAAAAGUUUUUAAUUUUUUUGUUUUUGUCUAUUUGUUUGAGUUUUUUUGUGUUUUUUAA